AAAAAUAAUUCUCCUUUACAUAUAUUUGUUUUACGCUCAUUGAAUUAUCUCAAGAAUUCUAGAUUAUACCGAUAAAUGUUUCAUGCAUUGUUAGUCCGUUUUCCCAGCUUCUUUAACUACAUGUACUUAGAAUCAAAUGAGCUCUUCAUAAAUAUAGUACACAUAGUAAGAGGAAAAUACACACAGUGAUUUAAACCUGAGUACGAUUUCUGCUUAAACAUAUACCGCUUUUUUUACUGUAAACCUUUACACAAAUGUUUUAAAAAUUAAUUCCGCUAUAAAUAAUGUACUUCAAAGGCGACAGAGUCGUCAGAAUAAAGGAGAAAAACCUAAACGGCAGGCAAACUUGAUGAGACGUGACAACGAUUCAAACAGAAUCAUGAUACACCAGAGGGAUGGAGAUUAUGCCGGGAUUCAGGAGGCACAUUCGCCAUCUUCAUCCGGACAUAUAUCGUCACGCAUAGGUACAAAGAAAGAAAGCCAGUCUGCAGAUACUAUAUACAGUUUGGCAAAAGAUGACGAGACAAAGAAACCUUCCUUUUCAAGUUCUAUUUCACUGCAAUCUCAAAAUGCCUACUACAGUUUUACAAAUAUAGACAAAAUUCCAAAGACUGCAAUUCCAGUGAAGGAUCUUCCAGAUCUAGUCCUCACGGGAGAUGUCGCCAAAAACAAAUUAGAAAAAGAAUUUCAGAAUCUCCCACAAGGUAUGGUAGAAGAACACAAAGAGGCACUGAGACGACAUAACAUUGAAAAGAACCGAUACAGGAACCUAUACGCUUAUGACAACACGCGGGUUGUUUUGGACACUGACGGCAAUUCGCAGUCCGAUUACAUCAAUGCCUGUUAUGUGCAUGGAUUCAAGAAACCUAAACAAUACGUUGCAUCCCAAGGACCAACAAAAGAAAUAUUGACAGAUUUUUGGAGAAUGAUAUGGCAAAUAGAGUGUAGCAAAAUUGUUAUGCUUACAAAUAUCAUAGAGGAAGGAAAAACCAAGUGUGAGCAGUAUUGGCCGGUAGAAGGAAAUACAAGCUCAUAUGGUGGAAUAACAGUGUACACGGAGAACACUGAGAAUUUCUCACAGUUUGUGAUAAGGACAUUCAAAAUACAAAACGACAUUUCAAACCGGAAAUCAAAGACGAUAAUCCAGUUUCAUUUCACGGCGUGGCCAGACAGAGGAGUUCCAAAACACGCUUCUUCACUUGUUCAGUUCCUAAACAAAGUUAAAUAUGCUCCAGUGCACGGGAAAGGACCAAUUGUGGUACACUGCAGUGCUGGUGUAGGAAGGACUGGCACAUUUAUAGCACUAGAUUAUCUGACUGAACAAGGCAAAACAAUGGGGUUCGUUGAUGUUUCUGGCACCGUGACAUCCAUGAGAACACAAAGAGUUAGUCUAGUACAAACGCUGGAGCAGUAUAUAUUUGUACAUCAAGCACUGAUCGAAUCUUUGAUGUUACCAACAUCUGCAUUACCUGCAGCAAAGUUUCCGGAGGCAUACCAGGAGUUGCUUCAGAUGGACAGGGAAAAGAAGAAACGGAAAAUAUGUGUAGAAUUUGAGACAUUGAAAAAGGUGUCUCCAGUGGCAGAUGAAUGUGAAUAUGUGUCAGCAAAGCUUGUCAGAAAUAGACAGAAGAAUAGAUAUUCUAAUGUACUUCCUGUUGAAGAGUUCAUGCCCUCAUUGAUGUCAAACAGUUACAACGGAGACAAUCGUUACAUCAAUGCUGUGUUCCUAUCGAGUUAUAAAGAACGAAAGGCAUUCAUCAUAACACAAACACCUCUUGAAUCCACGAAAGAUGAUUUCUGGGGUCUUGUGUGGGAACAUGAUGUUCAUACUAUAGUCAUGAUGAACAACAUUACAGAAACUACGGAUUCUGAGAGGUACUGGCCAGAUAGUGAUGAAACAACUGCAUUUGCAAACAUUGAAAUCACCAACGAUGGUAGUGAGGAAAUAAACGACCAUAAAGUGGUAUCUUUGUCAGUAAAGAAGUAUAAAAUGACAAGAAAGGUCAAGCAAAUCAGAUGUGGAAGAUGGUCGCCAAACCAUAACUUGCCAGACUCGCCUGAAGUUAUACUAGAUCUUAUGGAACUUGUUCAAGUAUCGCAACAACAGUCGGGGAACCAUACAGUUCUUGUACAUUGCAUGAAUGGUGCUGACAAAAGCGGGCUGUAUUGUGUGAUAUCAGCAGUAAUUGAACGCAUGAAGAUUGAGCAAGAUGUUGCAAUCUCGCAGGUGAUUGAAGAAAUGAGGAACGCCAGGGAACAGAUUAUACCCUCUGUUGAGCAGUAUCAGUUUUGCCACAGAGCUGUCCUUGCUUUUAUACAACAGUACGAUACGUACUCAAACUUUACUGUGUGACGGUUCAUCAACCGAUGAAAAAUGAUGAAUGGGGGAACUGCUGGAAUUUUUGUAGUGAACAGAAAUACAGAUUGUUAUACGCUUUAUACAUGUGCUGUUUUAUACCAAGAGACAAGUGUACAUUUAAUACAUUUCCUGCUUUUUUAUAAUCAUCCUUAAUUGAGUAAUCGAUUUAUAAGCACAAUUAAAAAUGUUAAAAUAUAGUUCAUGGAAACGUAUGAUCUGAUUGCCGUCUUUCGCUUGGUGUAAUGUUCCGUUCAUUUGCUGAUUGGAUUAGGUAUUUAUGUUUUAGCUUAUUUUAAUUGUUAGACACAUGUAGAACAAUCUAAAAUUGCGCUGAAACUGUUCAUGGAUUUGUAAUCAGACCUUUAUCAUUUCCAUCCAAACAUAAGUUGAAAUAAAGAUCAAGUCUAUCUAGGUCGCAUUUCAAUUAGGAAGACACUAGAGUACAUAUUAUUACUUGAUCUGUAAAAAGUACAUAAUAAAUAAAACCUAUUUGCAAGCAACACUAGAAUUUUUGGCAGUUAUAAGAUACGAAAUUGUCUGCUACGUACAUUAAACUCAAACUCGUUUACUUGUAAAAGAAUACGUUCUGUUCAGUGUAAUAAAAUACACGUCACUGACGUUAUCAUUGACAUAGAAUUAGUCCGAUUUUGAGUCAACCAAGUUCAUGUCAUAUCGCAACUGAAGGAAUACUGCCGGUCCUGUCUGAAAAUCAAACCUGUGUGAAAAACUAUCGUCCUUACGCAAGCAAUAUUGAUAGCUCAAUGAGUACUAAACAACUGGGCCACGUGUAGCCUGUAUUUGUUUGACUUUUGUAGUUUAUAUGUUAUUAAAUAUAAUAUGUACGGAACACCGACACUAACAUUGUUCAAAAAGUGUUAAAUUUAUUUUGUAACCUGCAAAUCUUUUAUAAUAUACAAUAUAAUAUUUCUCAUUUUAGACAUUUCUGUUAUUGCAAAAUAUAUAUUAUAUCUUACCUUUCCAAAUAAAUGCUAUUUGUUAAU